CUUCGAGCCAGCCAUUGCCAUUCUGAAAGCGAGACAACCUGUUGUAUGAAUUAAAUUGCCACAAUCGUCCCUUGAUCAUGCAUACUUAAGUUCAUAUGCCCCGGAUUCUUCUAUUCGAGCGGCAACACAUACAACUUCUUCCUUCCAGCCUCAGAGAAUCUGCACUAGUUACGUCAAAGCGCCACCGACAUUCCCUCGCAACCAACACGGCAUAGUGCGAGCCACCCUCCCAACUGCCCGCCUGAGAGAGUGCCAUAUAAGACUUUAUUCCCCGCAAGCCGAAUGCUGCCACUAUUGAUCCACGGGACUACCUCAAAUACAUCGUUGUCACCAGCCCGCAACUCGCAAAAUUGUUUCACAUCACUGCUCAAAGCCAUCAUGUUCGACUUUUCGACUCGGAGAUACUCGCAGAAGCAACCACCGAGGUUCUUCGUCAAGACUCAAGGCUUCGAGAAGCGGUUCUUCGCUCAGCACUUCAGAAAGUACUUUGGCGAGGACGUUAUGUGGCUCGAAGGCACGGAUAUGAAAACCGGAGACGAGGGAUUCGAAAUACAAAGCCCUCUGCAGUACGACAUGAAGGCGGUCUUGGUGACUCGGAUGAAACAGGACGCCCAGAAGGAGUAUCAGAAGUUCAUAGACCGUCGAUUACACCAUCGCAAUACCCUCGGUAUGGUUGAUCGCUCACCACACAUUGCAGCCUCGAGUUGUCCUCAUCUGGACCUCUUCCCGUCACUCGAGCGACUAGACCAGACAUCGGAGCAAAUCUCGGCUCGAUUGUACGGCCCUCCUAUUCGACACCGUCAUUCUCACUCGACACCAACGUCUCCACUCAUGGAGUACUUCACCCCGACGGCAUUUCCUCCACCAUCCCACUACUCCCAGAACGAACCAUGGUACCAUCCAUCCUUCUAUGCCCCAUCAAGCGGUCAGUGCGAACCGCACGAGGUCCCCGAGCUUCGAAUCUCGCAUGCACCGAAUCAGCAUGCCCCGGUAGGAAGGCGGCCAUCUCUGCGGCCCGCUAGAUCGGCGGACAAUUUGGACAACAUUGGGGGCGGAAGAUUGUUCUCUGCUCCUUCGGACUACCUCCCAUAUCAUCCUUCGGAGUAUUGAUCGGCAUUCUCGGACGCCAUUGCUUCGAACCUGUAAAUAAUACCAGCAGAUGUACGCCUAUGGUGGCGCAUCUCGCAGUUUGUAUAUAUGUGUACCGUGUAUGUGUCCAUUAUUGUGGUAUUUGGGCGGUUUGUUAUUUGUUUGAUUUUAUUCUGGAGUUAUUGGGGUAUCAUAGAGAAAGGGGGCCUGGUUUGGCUCCCUGGUUGGGAUUUUAUUGUUUUAUUGUUUCUUUACACUCGUCAGUAUUCUAAGUAGCUAGUAGUAUUCUUGUACAUACGGGAUAAUAAGGAUG